GAAGUUUAGGAACGGAUAAAAACCAAGAAACCCAGAAGUCAAACUUCUCGUAUGUAGUAUUAUCUCGAGAAAACAAAUUUCCGAGAAUUUUCAGAUAAAUCUCCCACCAAAACCGAAGUUGCUGCCGUGUUGAAGGGGGGCUUGAUGUCGAUUAUUGACUUGGAGAGACUCCCCCCAUUUUCUUUACAUUUCUCUCAUCUUUCUAUGCCCUGUUUGCCACCAUUUUUCCUAAAGAGAGAAAGAUCCCUAAAACUCCACCGAUCUCUACAGAUCCCUUAAAUCUGAUGCACCCACCAUUUCCAGUAAGGUGGAGAGAGAGAGAGAGAUAUAAGGGAAGUCUUUUAAAAGAUACCAUUUUCUUUUUGAUACUUUACUUCUUCUAGUAACAAUAAAAAUUCUAGCUUUUUUAGCUUUCAGGGUGAUAAAAAUAAACAAUGGAACCGUUUUUUAAACACCCUUUUUUCAUCUGUUUUAUGGGCUUUAUUCAGAUUUUUCAUUGAAAGGGGGGGGUGGGGUUGAGGUUUGGUAAAUUAAACUCGUUCAGACUUUGUUGAAAGGAAGAUGAAAGGCGAGGAUCAAGCAAGGUCUUUGUUUGGAAUUCCCCUUACAGAUAGGCCAAAAUGGCAACAGUUUCUUAUUUGUUCGUCUGGGUUCUUCUUUGGUUACCUUGUUAAUGGCAUUUGUGAGGAAUAUGUAUAUAAUAGGCUUCAAUUCAGCUAUGGAUGGUAUUUCACUUUUGUACAAGGAUUUGUUUACCUGAUAUUGAUAAGGCUUCAAGGCUUUACCACGAAGCAAAUGGUGAAUCCAUGGAAAACAUAUGUGAAACUCUCAGCUGUUCUCAUGGGUUCUCAUGGAUUAACCAAAGGUUCUUUGGCUUACCUCAACUACCCAGCACAAAUUAUGUUUAAAUCUACAAAGGUGCUGCCUGUUAUGAUUAUGGGUGCCUUCAUCCCUGGGCUGAGAAGGAAAUAUCCAUUUCAUGAAUACAUCUCUGCUCUGCUUCUUGUUAUUGGUCUCAUCCUUUUCACCUUAGCCGAUGCCCAAACAUCUCCUAAUUUUAGCAUCAUCGGUAUUAUAAUGAUUUUGGGUGCUUUGGUUAUGGAUGCCUUUCUGGGUAAUUUCCAAGAAGCAAUAUUCACCAUGAAUCCGGAGACAACUCAGAUGGAGAUGUUGUUUUGCUCAACAGUAGUUGGGAUUCCUUUCUUAGUUGUGCCAAUGAUUCUAACAGGAGAGCUUGUUACGGCAUGGAAUUCUUGUUCUCAGCAUCCUUAUGUGUAUGGGGUGUUGGUGUUCGAAGCUAUGGCCACAUUCAUCGGUCAAGUGUCAGUUUUAUCUCUCAUUGCUAUCUUUGGUGCUGCAGCGACGGCCAUGAUAACAACUGCUAGAAAAGCUGUCACUUUGUUGCUGUCAUACAUGAUAUUUACAAAACCUUUAACUGAACAGCACGGAUCCGGGCUGUUGCUCAUAGCCAUGGGAAUCAUAUUAAAGAUGUUGCCGGAUAGUAAACCAGCACCCUGGAUUCCAACAUCAAAUGUAAAUGCGAGGCAUCAUCGGGAAACCUCUUCUGAAGAAGUGGAAAGUGUAGAACUUGAAGAUGAAGAGAAAAAGCCCCUCGUCUGAAAGCUUUAAAAAAGGUGCAAACUAUUCUGCAAUUUUCUUUAUGAUUUCCUUACUGAAACCCCACUGCAUUAUAGACCUACUACUUCUGUAGGGUGUAGCAUAUCUGUAAACAGAUAGUAAAUUACCUGGUUUUUUGUUGAAUAAAGUUAUCCAUUACUGUAAAA